GAUCGCGGGCUCCGGCGUACAGCAUUGGGAUUACCCGCUGGACCGAGCCAGUGCCGGGAGUCAGCAGCAGCUGGCUGGAUUCGUUAAAACUCUGAGCUUUUCCCUAUGCAAGCCUCCCAUCAGCCUGCAUCCAUCCUCUGGAUCCCGGUACCCGGUGCAUCCCGGUGAUCCCCCUGCUCUGCGCAACUACACGCAUUGCUGGAUUCGGGGUAUCGCAAGGGCAUCCCGCGUCUACUUGGUACCUGCAAGGAAAGGGCUGGGGGGCAUUUUACCGACUGCAAUGCACUGAGGACCGGGAGCUGCAAACAUGACUGUGGAUUUUGAAGAAUGCAUCAAGGAUUCUCCCCGGUUUCGGGCAGCUAUAGAUGAUGUAGAAACAGAUGUGGUGGAAAUCGAAGCCAAACUGGACAAGUUGGUUAAACUAUGCAGUGGCAUGCUGGAAGCUGGCAAAACCUACCUUACCACAAACAAGCACUUUGUAAGUGGCAUUCGAGAUUUAUCGCAACAAUGUAAGAAGGAUGAGAUGAUCUCGGAAUGUCUUGACAAAUUUGGGGACAGUCUUCAGGAAAUGCUGAACUACCACACGAUCCUUUUUGACCAAGCGCAGCGGUCGGUGCGGCAGCAGUUGCAUAACUUUGUCAAAGAUGACGUGAGAAAGUUCAAAGAAUCCAAGAAGCAGUUUGACAAAGUGAGAGAAGACCUGGACAUCGCACUGGUGAAAAAUGCCCAGGCUCCCCGCCACAAACCACAUGAAGUAGAAGAAGCAACGGGUACUCUGACCAUUACAAGGAAGUGCUUCCGGCACCUGGCACUGGACUACGUAUUGCAGAUCAACGUAUUGCAAGCCAAAAAGAAGUUUGAAAUUCUGGAUGCAAUGCUGUCAUUCAUGCAUGCCCAGUAUACCUUCUUCCAGCAAGGAUAUAGCCUUUUAAAUGAGCUGAAUCCCUAUAUGAAGAAACUAGCCUCAGAGUUGGACCAACUGGUGAUCGACUCGGCGGUAGAAAAACGAGAGAUGGAGCACAAACAUGCAACUAUCCAGCAAAGGACUCUUCUUCAGGACUUCUCCUAUGAUGACACAAAGGCAGAAUUUAAUGUCGAUGCCCCUAAUGGGGUUGUUAUGGAAGGAUAUCUCUUCAAAAGGGCCAGCAACGCAUUCAAAACAUGGAAUCGGAGGUGGUUCUCCAUCCAGAACAGCCAGCUCGUUUACCAGAAAAAAUUAAAAGACGUUCUGACUGUGGUCGUCGAGGAUCUGAGACUGUGUACCGUGAAACCCUGUGAAGAUAUAGAAAGGAGAUUUUGCUUUGAGGUUGUCUCGCCCUCCAAGAGCUGCAUGCUUCAGGCCGACUCAGAGAAACUUCGACAAGCCUGGAUCCAAGCCGUGCAAGCCAGCAUCGCCUCUGCCUACAGGGAGACGCCAGAUAACCAUUACAUAGAGAGGCUUGACAGAACAGCUUCUCCCUCCACGAGUAGCAUAGACUCAGCCAGCGAUUCGCGGGAACGCAGCGUGAAAGGGGAGACUAUCUUGCAACGGGUGCAGAGCAUUGCCGGCAAUGACCAGUGCUGUGACUGCGGGCAAACCGAUCCUCGAUGGGCCAGCAUCAAUUUAGGAAUCACCCUUUGCAUUGAAUGUUCAGGAAUUCACAGGAGUCUGGGCGUUCAUUGCUCGAAAGUCCGCUCCCUCACUUUGGAUUCCUGGGAGCCAGAAUUGUUGAAGCUGAUGUGUGAGCUGGGAAACAGUACCAUCAACCAGAUCUACGAGGCAGAAUGCGAGCACUUAGGCUUAAAGAAGCCGACGUCGGGGUGCUCUCGACAGGAAAAGGAGGUGUGGAUAAAAGCAAAAUACGUGGAGAAGAAGUUCUUGAAGCGGCUGGGGAGCGUUGAGGUUGAAAAUAUAAGGAAACCUCAGAGGUGGAGUGUGAAAAAAUGUCAGCGGAACAACAGCACCACCAAAGUGCCCUCUGCCCGCCGGAAAUACCGACACGAAGGAGGGAACGCAUCUCCGGCCAUGCUGUCCUCAGCUGCCACGCUUGAACGCAAAUUUCGUCGGGAUUCCUUGUUUUGUCCAGACGAGUUAGACUCCCUAUUCUCCUACUUCGAUACAGGAGCUGGGCCACGCAGUGGCAACCAGGUUCAUGCGCAGCAUCCCCUGCCAGCUGCUCCAUGGACUGGCAGUGGCGCUGAGCCCGGUGGGAGCGCUAUGACGUUCCUUCCGGAUGGAGGUCUGAGCAGUGACAGCGGACUGGGGGGCAGCACAGACGGUAGCAGUGACAUCCUAGUCUUUGGCUCCGUAGUGGACAGCGUCACGGAGGAAGAAUGUGAGAUUUCUGAAGAUUCCAGCGGGGAGGCAGAGACGGAACAAGAACCCUCUGAUCCAGAAGAUCUUCGAGAGCUGCACCCGGGCUUGUUGUUGUAUAAAGCAUCGCGUGCAAGAAACGUGCCCAUUAUGGCGGAAGCCUUUGCUAACGGCGCAAAUGUCAACUGGGUAAAUGAUGAGGACGAAAGCAAAACGCCGCUCAUCCAGGCUGUAAUAGGGGGAUCGCUUAUAGCCUGUGAGUUCUUGCUGCAGAACGGAGCAGACGUCAACCAAAUUGACAUGAGAGGGCGAGCGCCAAUUCAUCACGCCACAUAUCUGGGACACACUGGCCAGGUCUGUCUGUUCCUGAAACGAGGGGCAAAUCAGCAUGCCGUGGAUGAAGAUGGACAAGACCCUCUCAGUAUCUCGGUGCAGGCUGCUAAUGCGGACAUUGUUACUUUGUUACGACUGGCUCGGAUGAACGAGGAGAUGAGGGAAGCAGAAGGUCCUUUCGGGCAACCAGGUGACACCACAUAUUUGGACAUUUUCCGUGAAUUCUCCCACAUGGCCUCCAACAACCCCGAGAAGCUAAGCCGGAGGAGUGUCCACUUCAGUCAUUCUUGCAGAUAGUGAAGACCGAGAACUUUUUCUAAACCCACAGGAACAUUCUUGCUUUGAGCGACACGGUUCUGCCGUCC